GCCAAUCGUUGAGCAGCCCGCGGGACCCCGGCAGAGAAGCUCGGGCGGGGUAGGAGCGCGAGCGCGGGAGUUAGCAGUGCAGCCAUGGUGGGACACCUGAGCGAGGGGGCCAUCGCGGCCAUAAUGCAGCAGGGAGAUACAUCCAUAAAACCCAUCCUUCAAGUCAUUAACAUCCGUCCCAUUACUACAGGGAAUAGUCCACCCCGGUAUCGACUGCUUAUGAGUGACGGGUUGAACACGCUUUCCUCUUUCAUGCUGGCCACGCAGCUGAACGCCCUGGUGGAGGCGGGGCAGCUGGCCAGCAACUGUGUGUGCCAGGUUCACCGGUUCAUCGUCAACACCCUGAAAGACGGAAGGAGAGUAGUUAUUUUGAUGGACUUGGAAGUUGUAAGAUCUGCUGAAGAAGUUGGAUUAAAGAUUGGGAAUCCAGUGCCCUACAAUGAAGGACAUGGGCAGCAGCAGCAGCAGCAGCAAACAGCCCCUUCCCCAGCUUCGGCAGUGACACCACCGGCCAGCAAGCCCCAGCCGCAGAAUGGGAGCUUGGGCAUGGGUGCCACCGUAGCUAAGGCUUAUGGUGCCACAAAGCCAUUUGGAAAACCUUCUGGGACUGGCCCGCUGCAGGCGUCAGGUGGGGCGCAGUCCAAAGUGGUCCCCAUCGCCAGCCUCACCCCUUACCAGUCCAAGUGGACUAUUUGUGCCCGUGUCACCAACAAAAGUCAGAUCCGUACCUGGAGCAAUUCCCGGGGGGAAGGAAAGCUUUUUUCUAUAGAACUUGUGGAUGAAAGUGGUGAAAUCAGAGCUACUGCUUUCAAUGAGCAGGUGGACAAGUUCUUUCCCCUUAUUGAAGUGAACAAGGUUUAUUACUUCUCAAAGGGCACUCUGAAGAUCGCUAACAAACAGUUCUCAGCUGUUAAAAAUGACUAUGAGAUGACCUUCAAUAACGAGACUUCUGUCCUUCCCUGUGAAGAUGGCCAUCACUUACCCACAGUUCAGUUUGAUUUCACGGGGAUCGGUGACCUAGAGAGCAAGUCUAAAGACUCACUAGUAGACAUAAUUGGAAUCUGCAAGAGCUAUGAAGAUUCAACUAAAAUCACAGUGAAGUCUAACAACAGAGAAGUUGCUAAGAGAAAUAUCUAUUUGAUGGACAUGUCAGGGAAAGUGGUGACCACAACUCUGUGGGGAGAAGACGCUGACAAGUUUGACGGCUCUAGGCAGCCUGUGAUGGCCAUCAAAGGAGCCCGUGUUUCUGACUUUGGUGGGCGGAGCCUCUCAGUCCUGUCAUCCAGCACUGUCAUUAUGAAUCCUGACAUCCCAGAGGCCUAUAAGCUCCGUGGAUGGUUUGACUCCGAAGGACAAGCUUUAGAUGGUGUUUCCAUCUCUGAUGUCAGGAGUGGAGGAACCGGAGGGAGCAACACCAACUGGAAAACUUUGUAUGAAGCUAAAUCAGAGAACCUGGGCCAGGGCGACAAGGCAGACUACUUCAGCACUGUGGCAACAGUGGUGUUUCUUCGCAAAGAGAACUGUAUGUACCAGGCCUGCCCAACGCAGGACUGCAAUAAAAAGGUGAUUGACCAGCAGAAUGGACUGUACCGCUGUGAGAAGUGUGACCAGGAAUUUCCCAAUUUCAAAUACCGCAUGAUCUUAUCGGCAAAUAUUGCAGAUUUUCAGGAGAACCAGUGGGUGACGUGUUUCCAGGAGUCUGCGGAGGCCAUCCUUGGACAGAACACCGUCUACCUUGGGGAACUCAAAGAGAAGAACGAGCAGGCGUUUGAAGAGGUUUUCCAGAAUGCCAACUUCCGAUCAUUUACGUUCAGAAUCAGGGUCAAGCUGGAGACCUACAAUGAUGAAUCUCGAAUUAAGGCCACUGUGAUAGACGUGAAGCCCGUGGACUACAGAGACUAUAGCAAAAGGCUGAUCAUGAACAUCAGGAAGAACAUUUGAUGUGAGCAAGUCCCACUGGUGGCCAGAAGUGGAGAGCGAAGAACGGAGCUAGAAUGACUUCCUUCACGGCCCCAUGGUCAGCUCCUCGAUGAAGAUCCUCUAGGGGAGACUGGUGACCUGUCUGGGCCCCUCUUGGGACUUGUUGAUAGGCAAAAGACAGUGUGGGGGUGGGGUGCAUUAGCCUUCAGCACCAGCUCAGCCAGUAGGUAUCGUAGCAGCAGUCCCUCCCGGCUUCCGGCUUUGUCAGAUUUAAUAAAAUUGUAUUGUCUUCAAACAGGAAUUAUGUCACAAGUCUUUGACCCUGCUUUGGAUAAUGAGGCAAAUUAUGGAACCUGGAGUUUGCUUUUCCAGUGGUGUCACCUUUCUGCCUUGGGUUCCUCCUCCAGGAGUAAGAGUGGAGGGGUCGGGUUGGGGAGAACCCAGGUGUUUAGGGCGUGUCUGCCUGAAAUCAAAGGCGCCGUAGUGCAGAGGUUGUUAGUGCUUGGCAUGGCAAAAAGGUAGAAUUAUUAAUCAAAGGCCUAUCGUUAAUGUCUGAAUAUCCUUCCUCCGGGGUUUUAUAGGUUUAAUAGACUGAGUCAGAUGAAUCUGAUAUUAAUCAAAGUUGUCUCUUCUGAGGAUGGCUGAUAAGCAUUGACUUGCUGUCCCCUUGGGGAAAAGCGAACCCCAAAUUGCAUAAUUUACCCCAUUAUCCACAGAGUGGGGUCAGUUACUUGUGACAUAAUUCAUGUUUAACAAUAACAAAAUCUUAGUAAACCCGACAAAGCCUGGGACAUCCAGGCCACCACGGACAUGGCUCCAGUGUCCAUCGGUUAACGUUACAUUUGGUUGCUGACCAAAGCCUGCACCUUUAUUAAAGCUGUGUUAGAUAGAAUUUAAGAAGGAAGCCCUUUGUUUCCCUGGCUUUGUUGGAAUAAACAGUAUAUCUUCGUGGA